AUGUCAACAGCUAUUGAUGUUACUCCUAAAGGUGGAUUUAAUCUCGACCUAUGUCUAGGACCAAUUGUGGCUGAUAAAAAUUGUGAGAAAAUUCAUUAUAUGGCUCCUAACAUCUAUUGUUGUGGAGCUGGUACUGCGGCUGAUACCGAGGCUAUUACAGAUAUGGUUAGUUUACAGUUGAAGUUACAUCGAUUCCAAACUGAUCGUAAUUCGAGAGUGGUGACUGCUCUUACAUUGUUGAAAACUCGUCUUUUCGGGUAUUAA